AUGGUCGCCGCUUUCACUGAGAGCCUUCAGCGAGAAGUUGACACGGCGAUACAGGAGGCUGCGAGCCACCGAGGGGGCCUGCGGCGACGUGUGGCCGCUGCGUGUGACCGCAUCCGCCAGCAGCAGGCGCUUGCGCGUGCGGAGGCCCUCACGCCAUUGUUCCGCGCCGAUCUCUUGCGGCGUGGCAGGGCCAUUCAGAAGAACCGCGCCCGCCUGAUGCAGACACUGAAGCGGUUUGCACGUGUGCUUCCAUCCGCUGAUCUUUGCGAAUCGAGCGGUCUUCCCAAUGUGGUGGCGGUUCUUCGCGUUGCGCAGGAGGCGCUCCGGGUGGAGGAGGAGCUGGCGUACUGGCGGCAGCCGCUGCCCUGCGAGGAGGCGUGGUGCGCAGUGUGCACUGCUGUGCGUGAAGGCGGCUACCGCGCGGAUGCACCCUUACAGCUGCCAGCGGCCACCGAGCAGCAACAACACCGGCGGAGGGAGCGGCAGGAGGCGGCGCUGGAGCAUCUGCUUUUUCCGGUCUGCACGAACGUUGGGUCGGGAGAGGAGGAGGAGACGGCAGCAGCGGCAGCGACAGCGCCUGCCAUUCCGUGGAUCGCGCUCCCGUGUUUCUGCACCGUGACGCAUUUCUGCCGCCACGAACAGGUGCCCGUGGUGGCGGCAGCGGCGAAAGGCAACAGCGGCAGCCAGCCGGCGAAUCCCGGCGCGAGUGGGGAGGAAGACGAUGCGAUGCACGAUGAGAUGGCGGAGGCGGAGAGGGGCGUCUCGAGCGACGGCAGGGUUACGCAGAUGGUCCUAGAUGCCACGGCAGCACACCUUGGCCGUCUUGGUGUGCGAGCAGGUGAUUGCAGUAGCAGCGGGGAGGAUGAGGAGGCGGCAGACUCCGCGUUGGAGGAGGUACGGCUGCGGGUGUCCCUGGAGGUCGCGGCGAGAGUCACUGCGUGCAGGCAUGCCGUGGAGUCGCUUGCGGCGGGCGAAGAUGGGAUGCUUUUGGACGGCGUGACGACAGUGACUGCGGCUGCGCCCCUUGCGGUGCCCGUCAUGGCGCUUGUUCUACCGCCGAUGGAGCAACUCUUUUUUUGCAUUGCGUACACCAUUGGCGCAGCAAUUCUGCGGGAUGAACAGAACGAGCGACGUGCGGCUGCCACCACGAGUGGUACUGCCAUUGUUGUCGAUGAUGAUGAUGAUGAUGAUGGUGGCGGUUGGAAGGGCGCGUGGGGACGGUGGAUGCGGCAGGAAGGCUGCAUUGGCGGUGCUGACAACGCACCCGUUGGUCCCCGCCUGCUGCAAUAUCUGCUGGAAUACGUCUUUUGUCCCGCUGAGUGUGAGAGCCAACGGAAGGGCGCUGCGGCACUUGUGCGGCCGAGCACGGUGCGGCGGUGGUUGGAGCUCGCGUUGGGCAGCGUGCCCAAUAAGGACGGCGCCAUGGAUGCCAUGAUGACUCUCUACAUGAAUCGACGCUGA